AGUCAGGACCCUCUUUCUCUUGACAGAUUCUUCAGGGUUGAUUUGAUCUUCAUGAAUAUCCUCGCUUAGAACUGCCAAGCAUGUUCCCACCGGCUGGCGGUCCUCACUGCUUCCCCAUGGUCUUAAAUGAAAUGGCCCUCGGCAUUCAGAAGCUGAUCACUCGCGAGCCUCGAGAGGUCACAGAGCAAAAGCAAUGGCUGGAACUGUGCUCGAGUCCAAGAUGAAUCCGACGAAUCCGUCAGAUUCUUCUGCAACUGUUGACACAGAUGGCGAGUCCAAGCCUUCCGGACAUGUCUUCAAUGAGCAGACCAACUAUGUGCCAAAAAGCACCAUCAUCACGAUAUUUCUGGCCUGCUCGACGGUUGACCUCAUAGCACUGAUGGAUCAAACUACCCUCGCAGCCAGUUUGUCCAUCAUCGGGAAUGCCUUGCAUGCUAGUGACCAGACCUCGUGGAUAUCCGGUGGUUACUUUGUCACGUCUACCUGCUUCCAACUCUUGUAUGGCCGACUCUCCGACGUCUGGUCGCGCAAGCUGGUUCUCUUCGCUGGCCUGGGCAUCUUCUUUUUCGGGUCCCUGGCCGCCUCGUUGGCUCAAACCGCGACACAACUCAUCAUCUUCCGAGCCUUCACUGGUGUCGGUGGUGGUGGCCUCAUGACCGUUGCGCAGAUGAUUGUCAGCGACGUGGUUCCGCUGCGUGAGCGAGGCAAAUACCAGGGAAUCCUAGGUGCGGUCGUCGCCCUCGCCAACGGCAUCGGUCCAGUAAUUGGAGGUGCCCUGGCCUCGAUCAGCGAAGAUUCAUGGCGCUGGAUUUUCCGUCUCAACCUUCCCCUCACUGCAAUCACCACACUGAGUGUGCUCUUCUUCAUGCCACUGCGCAAGGUCACGGGUGACUGGAAGGUCAAGCUUAAGGCGAUCGACUUCUUUGGCGUGGUUCUCGCCCUCGGUGGCACGGCCGUCCUGCUGCUGGGUUUAACCUGGGGUGGAGGUGAGUAUCCAUGGCAGUCGGCACAUGUAAUCGCCACUCUCGUGGUGGGUUUCGCCAUUUGUGUUGCAUUCGUCCUCUGGCAGUGGAAGGGCACGUCAGUUCCCCUGGUGCCAAUGCGGAUUUUCACAUCGCGCAUUGUCAACGGCGCGUGUCUUACCAUGUUUGUGAACGGGUGGAAUUUCCUCGUCCAGGUCUAUUAUAUCCCCACCUUCUAUCAACUUGUCUUCGAGUACUCCACCGUGAAGGCGGGAACGAUGCUCCUUCCUAUCACUCUUAUGCAAACCGUUAGUAGUACGGUCUCCGGCCUUGUAGUCCACUGGGUAGGCCGGUAUAGGGAGUGCAUUCUCUUUGGUUGGAUGAUCUGGGCCGUAGGCCUGGGUCUCUUUUCGACUUUGGACAAAUCUUCAGGACUAGGGAAGCAGAUUGGAUAUGGUAUAUUGACCGGUGUUGGAGUGGGAAAUACCUUGCAACCAUCCGCUGAAACAUGGCUGACCGGGUCCAAUAGUGCCCUCAUAGCAGUACAGGCUGGAGUUGACCGUCGAGAAAUGGCCGUUGUCACGUCAUUCCGAAAGCUGACUUUCGACAGCUUCAUCCGAAAUCUCGGCGGUACACUUGGCCUCGCUAUUGCUGGAACAAUCAUAAACAACCUCAUUUCCUCCGCGGUGUCGUCUCUGGGACUGAGCGAUUCCGAAAAACGAUCCUUCCUGUCGAGUCCCCAGAACUACCUGUCCCAGCUCCCUGCCGAUGAAGCGGAUCACGCUCGCUCCUUGUUGAUCCCGGCGUAUCAAAAAGGAUUUCGCAUCAUCUUCAUUAUCGGCGCAGCUUUGUCGACACUGGCCUUUUUCUUGGCUGUUUGGUUAAUGCCGCAAGUGUCGUUAAACCGGGACGAUGACGAGAAACUGAAGCAGGAGGGAAGAAAGAGGAUCAAGGGAGAGGGCUCAGACGAGGAGGAAACCAGAAACUAA